GCCUCCCGACUCAGUUGUCAGUUGACUAGUGGCUGUGGUGGGGUGAGGACACGGCUGGGCUAGUACGCACGCACACGACUCUCACUCGAUACCGCUCUGCUCUUGCUACCCCAACUCACCCCUGCCUUCUGCCCACAGAGCGGCAGUCUCGGCACCACCGAAGAGCGACUUCGCAUCAAGAUGGAAGGUCUCAUCAACGUCAAUAUGGACGACCAGAGGUUCGCGGUCCUGAGUUACGAACAGGUUCGACGACUGAAUGAUGUGCUGCAUGAGGUCGUGCCCAUCCACGGGCGCGGGAACUUCCCGACGCUGGAGAUCCGCCUGCGGGACCUGGUGUCGAUGGUGAGGGCCAAGCUGGAGGCCGACUCCAUGACGGUGCGGGACAUUCGCAUCAACGGCGGCGCCGCCUCGCACAUCCUGGCCACCGAGGCCGACCAGGCCUACAACGACCUCGACCUCAUCUUUGCCGUGGACCUGAGCAGCCCGAGGAAUUACGACCGCGUGAAAAAUGCAGUGCUCGAAGUGCUAGUGGAUUACCUGCCCGAGGGCGUGAGUAAGAAGCGCAUGUCGUCGUGCUCCAUGAAGGAGGGCUACGUCAACAAGAUGGUCAAGGUGAACGACUCGGACCGCUGGUCGCUCAUCUCGCUCUCCAACAACGGCGGCAGGAACGUCGAGCUCAAGUUCGUCGACAGCAUGAAGCGGCAGUUCGAGUUCUCUGUCGACUCCUUCCAGAUUGUUCUCGACUCGCUGCUGCUGUUCUACGACUGCGCCGAGAUGCCCAUCAGCGAGAACUUCUACCCGACGGUGGUGGGCGAGAGCGUGUACGGCGACUUCUCCGAGGCGCUCUACCACCUGCAGAAGAAGUUCAUCGCCACCAAGAACCCCGAGGAGAUCCGCGGCGGCGGCCUGCUCAAGUACUGCAACCUGCUGGUCAAGGACUACGAGCCCGCGCGCCCCGAGGAGAUCAAGACGCUCGAGCGGUACAUGUGCUCGCGCUUCUUCAUAGACUUCCCCGACGUGAACCAGCAGCAGUCCAAACUGGAGGCGUACCUGUGGAACCACUUCGUGGGCGCCGACGAGGCGCUGCGCUACGAGUACCUGAUGGUGCUGCACCGUGUGGUGGACGAGUCCACCGUCUGCCUCAUGGGCCACGAGAGGCGCCAGACCCUCAACCUCAUCGACGAGUUGGCCUGUCAAGUCUUCUAUACUGAACAGCAGCGGCUCUACGCCAAACAGCAGCAGCACUGCAGCGACACCAGUAGCACCACCAGCAGCAGCAGCAGUAGCAGCAGCAGCAGUUUCGACGUUCACAUAGCUCCUCCGCCGCCCGUCAUCUACAGCAACGGCUACUACUACGCGCCCAUCGUGCCCGCGCCCGCACCGCCGCAGUCGUACACGUGCACGUGCGGGUGGCUGCAGUGCGCCUAGUGCCAGUGCCCUGCCCGGGCUCCUCGGGCCCCGAGCCCGACCGCGGCCCGCUCAGUGCCAACAGCAAACACCUGGUGACGUUGCGUAGGGCUGGCCCUCGAGCCGCGCCGCCCGCCGAGGAGUGCGGUGGCACGCCACCGGGACACAGGCGGCGGCGGCCAGUGACUUGUGACGCCUCCAUUUUCCAUUUACGCGAGGUAGUGGCGGCGACAGGGCCAGACCAGCGGUGGCAAGCAGGCAGCAGCAGAGGCAGCAGGCUGGCGACAACCUGGCCCUGCUGCCCUUGCUGCUGCCGACACUGCUGACCGCAGCGCCACCGACAAUUGUGAUAUGUACAUGACGAGUAAGUGUGUAGUUCCGUUCCGUAGGAUUCCACGCCAUAGCCACCGACCGUGUGUCGUUACGUUCGCCAAAGGAGUAUUAUUUCAAUGACUGCUGAAAAGGAGUGACCCGUUCAGUGAGCCCACAUGACCAGCACACGAUCGUUACCAGCUGGAGGCUCGCCAGGUGGUGACGUCACGGCGACAUGUUGCCGACCCAGCAAGGCACACACGCACGCACGCACGCUCACCCUAAAGACUGUUUGAUGGACUAAAGUGAUUCUUGCGAGACCAGAAAGAGAGAGAAUACAUAAUAAUGAAACGAAAGCUGAAAAUCGAGUGGCAGACAGCGAGAGACUGUGAGAAGCCUGCCAGAGCGAGCGAAGGCAGGUUGCCAGGCGUGCACGAGGCAGCGACCCUCGGGCGGCGAGGGGAGAGGCGCCCCCUCGCCCGACAGGUGGUGACAACGCUGCCCGAGAGAAGAGAGACUGACAAGGGAUAUGACAGUGGAUGUGGUGCCGUCCGUCCCCUCCCCUCCUCCCCAGCCACACUUGCCCUCUUCCCCCUCUCCUCCCCUCCCCUCAGCCAGGACAGGGAGUCGUAGUGCGUGUGUUUGUGUGCGCGCGCGUGUGCAGGACGCAGGUCGUGCCGCCAGAAUGCCAUGCUGGAUGGACACACCUGCUCCUGCGCCCCCCACCCCCACCCCGACCCCUUCCUCCUGCUGUGGGCGUCCAUUGAUAAGCAGACUUCCCAACCUCCUUCCCUCCUCGACCCCCUCCUCCUCGUCCUCGUCCUCCUCCUCCUUCGCCUCCUCCCUCGGGCCCUCCUGACCCCCACCCCCCCAGGUGGUGGUUCCCCUGCAGCCAAGUCUACAGGAUGAUACUGACCUCCUUGACCCGAGGCCCCGACCCCUGACCCAGCACCUCCUGCAUGUGACUCUGGUCAUGGCAGCCUCAGGUGGUGGGUCGGAUCCUGGAGGAUCGGCGGCCAACUCUACGACCGUGAGGUAAGUCGUCCAGCUCCUCGUUUG